GCAUUCAUCCUUCACACCAUCCAGUGUUUUUUUCUUGUUUUGUUUUUUUACGACCAAUCCCAACUUCCCGUGACUUAGCAAUCUCAAUAGCAAUAACCGAACGGGUACAGCGUUAUAUGGGGACGAUCCCAUCCACCAGACUUCAUCAAAUAUUCUGCGGGGCACCUCGCUUCCGACGCUUCAACCUUUGUUCCAUUCCUUUGAGUGGAAGGGAAAUAUUUCACAUCCAUAAAGAACAGCAGGGAGAGGAAAGAAAUUUUAAGGACUCGGGCAUGUUUGAUGAAAGUUACAUCGAAACAGAUUCUGUGGAUGGUUUCCGCUUCCGUGCGCACAAUAGUGGCGUAUCAUCAGAGCUCAUUAGAGUGACUCUAGGUAGUUACUCGAACCGCCCGCGUCACGAGAGAGUUUUCUCCAACAGAAUCUCUAAAGCUCGAAGUAAAACAAGAACGAGGUAUCACAAUCAGAGACGAGGAGUAUCAUUAACCCGUAUUCACUUCAAUUAA